UCGCCUGUGACGUAACUUCCGGCCGCCAACACCGACUGGCUUUUUUUCGCGGUAAAAUGAAAUGGCUUGUUUGUUAUGUGGAUCAGAUCGACUCAGAGCGUAAAGUUGAGUUUAUCGGCUCUUUUCACUUUAGUCGCGGCGCUGAUUUUGGUGUGAAGCGGGCGGAAAGCUAACAGUUAGCCGUUAACGGACCGUUGCAACAUUUGGACCAACUGAAGCCAGAACUCGAGCUCUAUUUGACUUAAACACAAAAACAAUGGCGCUUGUAACCACAGACAAGUUAAAGGCAGAGCUGGAAACCUUCGAGAUUACCUGCAAAGAUGACUCUGUCCUUGACCAGAUGGUUGAACUGUGCAUCUGCAACAGGAUAGACACAGAGCAGAUGCUGUUUGAGUGGCUUGCCUACAGCACCACAAAGGAUGGACUAGAUCUCACCCUGGACAACCUGGAGCACUUUGAGCAUGAGUUUUUGAACAAGAAGAGUAAAUCCAAAUCGAGUUCCUGGAAAGACGAGAGUUAUAACCGAACCAGAGACAUUCAUUCGUUGGAGGAACUAAUAAAAGCUGAAGAAGAGGAGGAGAAUCUCUUAGACUCUUACUCCACUCCCGGGAAGGUGAGCUCUUCUCAGAAACGAGUGCUCUCCACUCCAGAGCAUCCUCAGUCCAAACGGACCACCGCUCUGCUGACCAGUCCGGGUCUCCUGCUGUCUCCAGCUAACUUUUCCCCCAGUGUGACAUCUUCACAGAAGUACAGCCAGCGAGGCGGUAAGGGGGAGGUGGUGGUUUCGUUUGGAGCUGUGCAGGGCGCGCGCUGGACGGGCCGGAAAGACCCGGGCGCAGGCGUCCAGGUGAAUCUUCUGGGGCAGCCCGAAGAAUCCCUCUGCAGCGGCUACAAAUACAUGUUCCAAAGGCUGCGGGAUGUUCGAAAUGUUUUGUCAGAGAAGAUUGAAGAGAUGGGAGAAAAGCUGAGGUCUCACUUCAGCAUCGAAGAGUUGUCAGCCAUCUCACUGCCUGCUCAGGACAGCAUAACUGUGUUGGGUCAGAUUUGCUGCGACAGUAACGGCAAACUGAAUGCCCAGUCGGUUCUGCUGGAGGCGGGACCAGAACACGGCGGCCAGCUGGUGCCCGUCGACCUGUCUGAGCUCAAACAGUAUUCUCUGUUUCCUGGUCAGGUGGUGCUGAUGGAGGGAAUGAACACAACAGGAAGAAAACUUGUGGCCUCCAAGCUUUAUGAGGGAGUUCCUCUUCCUUUUUACUCCACCAGUGCAAAGAUGGAGACCAAUGAAGUGGUGGAGCCGUUAAACAUUCUUGUGGCCUGUGGACCAUACACGCCCUCUGAUAGCCUGACCUUUGACCCUCUGAUAGACCUGAUCAAUGUCAUUGUCAGGGAUCGUCCUGAUGUCUGCCUGCUGUUUGGUCCUUUUGUGGAUUCCAAACAUGAACAGAUCGAGAAAGCCAAGGUGACUGAGACGUUUGAGACAAUUUUCUACCGCUGCAUCGACAGCAUUGUAGAUGGAACCAAAAGUGUCGGCUGUCAGCUGGUGUUUGUCCCGGCCCAGAGAGACAUCCACCACGAAUUCAUCUACCCACAGCCUCCCUUCACCCUGCCGAACCUCAUCAAGGACCAGGCCCAGCGGGUCACCCUGGUUCCUGACCCCUGCACCCUGCUGAUCGACGGAGUGACUUUUGGCCUGACGUCUUCUGACAUCCUGUUCCACAUGGGAGCAGAGGAGAUCAGCUGCGGCACUAGUUCGGACCGAUUCUCCCGCAUCCUAAACCACAUGCUGACUCAGAGGAGUUACUACCCCCUGUACCCACCCGCCGAGGAGGUGAACAUGGAUUACGAGAAGUUCCAGAUUCACGGUCAGAUGUUGGUCACACCAGAUAUUCUCGUUGCUCCCUCUGAGCUGCGUUACUUCGUGAAGGAUGUGGCGGGUUGUGUGUGCGUGAAUCCUGGACGGCUCACCAAAGGCCAGGUGGGAGGAACGUACGGCAGGCUGCUCAUCCAACGCAGCGCCGCACCCGAAGACGGCAAGCGAGAGAGCUCAUGUUUAACCGCUCAGGUUGUGAAAAUAUGAUAUAAUAAAGAUUCAGAUUGUUACAAACAUGUAAAAUGAGCUGAGUUCUCUACAAGUUUCUGUUUUUCUUACCAGGAUUUUAAAAGCAUUUGUUUCCUGGUGAAAUCCUAAUGGCCUACUUUUAUAUUCCAAAAAUGUCUAAAGGGCUGUUUUCAGAAAUGCAGCAAAAAUAAAUUAUUAAAUUCAUUUGUACAGUU